GGCGGUGCGCGCGGGUGCGCGUGACGCUCGGGCUCCCGGGCUGCGCGGCCUGGGCGGCGUCCCCCGGCUCGGGUCCCCAGUUAGGACAGCGAGUCCUAAGGGGUCUGUAGGGCACUUGCUGAGCUGGGUCCUGUCCCGCCGCACCGAGGAACGGAGAACUCCGCAGCCCUGAGGCUAUCUGCCCGUGUCCGGCGCGGGAGCCCGAGCUGCUCUCUCCUUACCCAGGUGCACGGGUAGCCGGGGAGAAGGUAGAGACGGGAGGAGUCAAGGCAAGGGCAGGAGCAGAACGGAGCCCAGGCAGCCCCUUGGUGCUUCACGGUGCCCUGCCAUCUGUCUGGGAUUGGGUGCUCCUGGCAUAGCGGCCUUUCCUUUGGGGCUGAGGAGGCUGAAGGUGGCUUUUCUGAACAGAGGGAGGCCCAGCCUUGGCAGGAGCAGCGGGAUGUUCAAGGGGCGUUGGUCACAGAGGGCCCUUGCAGCGGAGGAGGGGCGGAUAGCUUGGAAAGCAGGAGGUCCCCGAACUUCCAGGGUAUUCCACCCAUUCGGGCCCCUGGGUCGAUACUAGCCCCAAGUGGGGGCCCAUGGCGCCAUAAUCCCCUGGGCUAGGGGACCGAAGCUGUGAGUGGCACCGCAGGCCCCCGCCCCUGGGCCCGGUGGGCUGGACUGGGCGCGGUGCGGCUGGGCGCACGCAGUCGGAGGCGGCGCCGGCCAGGCCGGCGGGCGCCUAUGGACGCUCGGAGCCCGCUUUCUCCUCGGGCCAGCGCGUUCAGCAUCGCCUCUCUGGUUGCAGCCGAGGCUUUGGAGGGCACCGCCCACCGGGGCCCCGGGGCCUCCGACCGGGCGAAGUUUCGCCGGCUACCAGGAUCCACAGCCGGGAUGCACUUCAGCACGGUCACCAGGGACAUGGAAGCCUUCACGGCCAGCAGCCUGAGCAGCCUGGGGGCCGCGGGGGGCUUCCCGGGCGCCGCGUCGCCGGGCGCCGACCCGUACGGCCCGCGCGAUCCUCCGCCACCGCGCUACGACCCUUGCACCGCCGCUCCCGCCCCUGCCCCGGGCGCCCCAGGCCCGCCGCAGCCGCCGCCGCACGCCUACCCGUUCGCGCCGGCCGCAGGGGCCGUCACCAGUGCCGCUGCGGAGCCCGAGGGUCCCGGGGCUAGCUGCGUGGCUGCCGCCAAGGCGCCAGUGAAGAAGAACGCGAAGGUAGCCAGCGUGAGCGUGCAGCUGGAGAUGAAGGCACUGUGGGACGAGUUCAAUCAGCUGGGCACGGAGAUGAUCGUCACCAAAGCCGGCAGGCGAAUGUUCCCCACGUUCCAAGUGAAACUCUUCGGUAUGGACCCCAUGGCUGACUACAUGCUGCUCAUGGACUUCGUGCCGGUAGAUGACAAGCGCUACCGGUAUGCCUUCCAUAGUUCCUCCUGGCUGGUAGCGGGCAAGGCAGACCCUGCCACACCGGGGCGAGUGCAUUACCACCCUGACUCACCCGCCAAAGGUGCACAGUGGAUGAAGCAAAUUGUGUCCUUCGACAAGCUCAAGCUGACCAACAACCUGCUGGACGACAAUGGCCAUAUUAUUCUCAACUCCAUGCACAGAUACCAGCCUCGCUUCCAUGUUGUCUAUGUGGACCCACGCAAAGAUAGUGAGAAAUACGCAGAGGAGAACUUCAAAACCUUUGUAUUUGAGGAGACACGCUUCACUGCGGUCACUGCCUACCAGAACCACCGGAUCACGCAGCUGAAGAUUGCCAGCAACCCUUUCGCCAAAGGCUUCCGGGACUGCGACCCUGAGGACUGGCCCCGGAAUCACCGGCCCGGUCCUCUGCCGCUAAUGAGCGCCUUUGCGCGCUCGCGGAAUCCCGUGGCCUCCCCAACGCAGCCCAACGGUGCGGAGAAAGACCCUGCUGAGGUCCGGCGAGAAUUCGAACGCGACGCGGGUGGAUCGGCCAUGCUCGGGGAUCCCGCGCACCCACCGCAGCUGCUGGCCCGGGUGCUGAGCCCUGCGCUGCCUGGAGCGGGUGGCACCGGCGGCCUCGUCCAGUUACCCGGUGCGUCCGGAGGUCGACCCAGUCCCCCGCACACUGAGCUGCGCCUGGAGGCGCCCGGCGCAUCGGAGCCCCUACACCACCAUCCUUACAAAUACCCGGCCGCAGCCUACGACCACUACCUCGGGGCCAAGAGCCGACCAGCGCCCUACCCUCUGCCGGGUCUGCGCGGCCACGGCUACCACCCGCACGCGCACGCACACCCGCACCACCACCACCCUGCGGUGAGUCCAGCUGCUGCUGCUGCCGCUGCAGCGGCUGCCGCCGCUGCUGCCGCCAACAUGUACUCAUCUGCUGGGGCCGCGCCGCCCGGCUCCUACGACUACUGCCCCAGAUAAUGCGAGCCGUCGCUGCUCUUUGGGCACCGACCUACCGAAGCCCCACUCAGCCCUGUCAAAGGACACUCUCCCAGGCCCGGGGCCACCUCGGGUCCCGUCCUUCCCCAACCUUGAAGUCAUUAGGGUCCUCCACUCUCCAGCCCUAUCCGGUCACUUCACCCCGGAGUAAACAGGGGUCCUUUCCCAGCCCCAAGGGCCAUGGGGGGGGUUCCCGCCCGCCAGUGCCAAAGCGCAGGGUCAGAGGUGGAAGGAAGUGGUAUUUAUUGUUUUCCCCAAGACCGCGAGACCGCAUCGUCUCCGGCCCGCCGGUAGUGGCAGUGUAGACGACCCGAGAGCUCCGCCUGCAGGCGGUGUAGAUACAUGUAGAUAUGUGUAGAUAUUGUAGAUACCGCGCCGGCGCUGACUUGAUAAACGAUUUCGCUUCUUUUGGAAGCUGCCUGUGUAUGGGUUUUUUCUUUUUCUUUUCUCUUUCUUUUCUUUUUCUUUCUUUAUUUAGCGCAGAGUCAGAUCUUGCAGAAGA